UACGUACGUACUCGUACCAAGUACCUUCAGAGGGAACAGUUGGGGCUGCUCUUCACCAAAACAACCUCAGGGAUUCUUUCACAAAAUCACACCUGCAUUCAAGCUUUCUUGUGCUUCCAAUAUCAUUCACCGCGGUACCAUGAAGAUGCAAAUUGCUCUAUUGUCGUUGACGACGCUGCUUUCUUCCACAGCAGCGUUUUCGCCCGUGUCUCGAACUCCGGCCGCCCCAUCGAUUUCGGAACAUGCUAGCAGAGUCAGCCCCUUGUUCAUGGGACGUGCCGCUGCCGUGCGAGCCGCUACCAAAUCCAAAACGGACGCCAAAAAGGCCAAGGUCAACGCAGUAUUUGGAAAGAAGAUCACCAUGGCUGUCAAACAGGGAGGAUCCCCAUCGUUGGAUUCCAACAGACAACUUGCAGAAAUUGUCAAACAAGCUAAAGCCAACAAUGUGCCUGUCGAUGUAAGUACAGAAGAACUUCGUGCACAAACCCAAAAGUAUUUUUUGAUUGCGCGGGCAUAAUCUGGAAACAGGUAGAAAGCGACUCAUUUCAAGCUGUCACUAAACGAUCUUUCGAUUACUAUGGUUUCUUCAUACACCCUCUUAUAUCGUCAUCGCCGUCGUAGAACAUUAAUCGUGCCAUCAAACGAGCUUCUGAAGCAAACACUGCGGAUUUCUCGGAAUCUACAUUUGAGGCAUAUGGAUUUGGGGGAGCAUCUCUCGUCAUUACUGUGUUGUCGGAUAAUGCAAACCGCGCCAACGCAGAUGUAAAAUCGACCGUGAACAAAAGAAAUGGAAAGAUUGCCGAAUCGGGAUCCGUUUUAUUCAUGUACGACCGCAAGGGAAUAGUUGAAGUUGAUGCUGAAGUUGACGAAGAGGCACUUUUGGAUGCCGCGAUUGAGGCGGAUAUCGAGGACUUCAUUCUGCAGGAGGGAGACGAAGAAGGAAGUUCGUUGGUAUUGGUGGAACCCUCAGAUUCUGGAAAAAUGUUUGACGUUAUCAAGGAAAUGGGUUUCGAAAACGCUAAAAUGUCUCUGACGUGGGUUACCAAAGCACCAGUGGAGGUCAGCGAGGAAGAUUUUGAACUGAACAUGGAUAUCAUUGAUGCCCUAGAAGAAUUGGAUGAUGUUGACUCCGUUGAGCACAACAUGUCAAACUAAAGACGUAUUGUAAACUCCUAUUAAUUAAAUUUGCGAUGAGUU